AUGUAUACAUCCAGCACAUCCGAACUUACGACCACUUCAGCGAGGGAUUUACUUCCUGACGAGAGAGAAUCAGGCAGUGAUAAACCUCAUGAAUGUGAUGUAUGUGGUAAAGGAUUUAGCCAGCGUAGUAGUUUGCAGAGACACAUGAGAAUACAUACAGGAGAUAAGUAUCAUGCCUAUGAUGUAUAUGGUAAAGGGUUUAGUCAGCAUCGUAAUUUACAGAUUCACAUGGGAAUACAUACUGGUGAUAAACCUCAUAACUGUAAUGUUUGUGGAUUUAGUGAAGGUAGUGACUUAAAGAGACACAUGAGAAUACAUACUGGUGAAAAACCUCAUGACUGUAAUCUUUGUAGUAAAGGCUUUAGUUUGCUUGGUCAUUUACAAAGACACAUGAUAACACAUACAGGUGAAAAACCUCAUAACUGUGAUGUAUGUAGUAAAGGGUUUAGCCAAGGUAGUGACUUAAAGAGCCACAUGAGAAUACAUACAGGUGAUAAACCUCAUAACUGUGAUGCAUGUGGGUUUAGUGAAGGUAGUGACUUAAAGAGACACAUGAGAAUACAUACUGGUGAAAAACCUCAUGACUGUAAUGUUUGUAGUAAAGGCUUUAGUUUGCUUGGCCAUUUACAAAGACACAUGAUAACACAUACAGGUGAAAAACCUCAUAACUGUGAUGUAUGUAGUAAAGGGUUUAGCCAAGGUAGUGACUUAAAGAGACACAUGAGAAUACAUACAGGUGAUAAACCUCAUAACUGUGAUGCAUGUGGUAAAGGGUUUAGUCGUCUUGCUAAUUUACAAAAAACACAUGAGAACACAUACAGGUGA